ACUCAUGCCAAUAGAUCAUAUUUGGUAUUUCUUAACAGUCACAGAAGCUAAAACCCUAAAUCAGCGGAUGACAAACAAAUUACAAAACCCUUUACAACUUAACUCAUAUUUUUGAUAAAAAAAAAUGAUAAGGAGAAGAUUACUCUCUUCAUUGCUCUCAUCAACCCCACUCUCAACUCCCAAAGCCACCUCAAUUUCCACUUUCACUGCAAUUCAAACUUUCAAAGACUCAAACUUUGCAAAUGGGGUUUCUGGAUUUAUGGGUUUUAGGGCUUAUAGUUUGUUAAGUUUGAAUGAUUUGAGGGACAAUGUGCCAAGGAAGCAGAAGACGAGAAAGGGUCGUGGUAUUGGGUCUGGUAAGGGCAAGACGGCAGGGAGAGGUCAUAAAGGACAGAAAGCUAGAGGGACUAUGAAGUUUGGUUUUGAAGGUGGGCAGACUCCAAUGCGAAGGCGUUUGCCCAAAAGGGGGUUUAAGAACCCCUUUAGUCUCACUUUUCAGCCAGUAGGUUUGGGAAAGAUUGCAAAACUUAUCAAUGCAGGGAAGAUAGAUUCCCAUGAAUUAAUCACAAUGAAAACCCUCAAGGAUACUGGGGCCAUUGGGAAGCAGAUAAAAGAUGGAGUAAGACUGAUGGGACGUGGUGCAGAGAAGAUCCAAUGGCCUAUUCAUCUAGAGGUGUCAAGAGUUACUGUCCGGGCGAAGGAAGCAGUUGAAGCUGCUGGUGGAUCCGUCAGACGAGUGCAUUACAAUCAGCUGGGUUUCCGGGCAUUGCUUAAGCCUGAGUGGUUUGAAAAGAAGGGCAGGUUGUUGCCGAAGGCUGCCAGGCCUCCACCAAAGCUGAAAGAUAAAGUUGAUAGCAUAGGCCGCUUGCCUGCCCCGACCAAACCUAUUCCUUUUUACACUGAAGAAAAGGAGGCAGCCUCUGCUCCUACCUAGUUGAUCAAACAAUCAUUUUGGGGUCAGAGUGUAUUUUGAUGAAGUACUUAACAAGCCUGCACAACCCUCCCCCCCCAACAACAACAAGGUCUUC